UAUCACCCACCGGAAAGCAGUUAAAGCCCUUGCAGUGUGGAGAACCCAUCGGUCCACCGGCACACUAUUUAAGUACCGCCCGGUACUGGAAGGGCAGCUCAAUCGAGUGCUAACCACCAGCAAGUUCACUUACCAUCCAGGCCAUUCGUGCGUCAAUAUAAGCACACAAACCAUCAGCGCUGUGUCUCGCGACCGACUCAAUCAAAACAUCAAGAAGCACCCGGCCGCGGGUAGGGGCAAAACCAUCGCCGGACAGGUUUACAAACAUAUUACUCCCACUCGGCGACAGGAGACUGAAUCGGGUGGUGCAGUGACGCGUGCCUUAUCAACGAACUUCCCGCCAGUAAUUCUAGACGAUCUAAGAGCGUCGUCGUUUGUCGCGUGUGUUUAAACCGAGAUGCAGCUACUCAAAUGGCAUGGGCAGUUAAUUCUGCUAAACUUUUUAAUGUUUAUGUCGUGGCGACCAUGUCGAGGAUUGAACGUGCCCAACUAUGGUUCAACGUAUCGUACUAAUCCUACUAGACGAUCAGGCGUAUUUCCUAGCGUUAGAGAACCAUCCUACUAUGAUGAUUACGAACCGUCUGGUCCAAAACCACUCAACCAAGAUCAACGUCGAUCGAAGCUGACUGCCAUCUCGAAUCCGGACUUUUAUUUUCCACCCGAUCCCGAAGCCGAUCUAGCGGAAGCGAAUGAACCGGAACCGGUGUUUGAGCGGCAAAAGUCUCGUGCACCGACCGCAACAGCAAGCUUCUCCUACAAUCAGAAGGAUAAAAAUGGACCCUCGCACUGGUAUCGGGUAGAUGCACGAUGUGGAGGCCGAUACCAAAGUCCCAUCCUGCUCAACACUAGCAGUGCCCAGCUCGUUACCCGCAAGCGUCCGCUACGUCUCGAUGGACAAACCAAUCUCCCCCAGACGAUUCUGCUGCAGAACGAUGGACAUUCGGCAAAGUUUACGUACAACUGGCGCAACGGUGAUCGACCAGUGCUCCGUGGUGGCCCGCUCAAGACAAAGUAUCUGUUCGAGCAGCUCCACUUUCACUGGGGUGUAAAUAGUACGGUAGGAUCGGAGCACGUGUACGACUACCAGCGCUACCCGAUGGAAAUACAUCUGGUGUUCUACAACGGGCUGUACGAGUCGUUCCAGGAUGCCCGGGAACAGGUGGAUGGAAUAGUCGUGGUUGGGUUGUUUUACGAGAUCUAUCAACACUCGGUGGAUGAGCCGCUCAAUACGUGGACGCGGUUUUUGAGGAAUGUCAUCACACCGGACAGUGAGUACACGCUGCCGUUCAUUGACACAUUCCCGCUGUACGAGGUGAUCGGUGACGUCGAGUGGCCUUACUUUUCGUACGAGGGUAGUCUUACGACACCGCCCUGUUUGGAGACGGUAACUUGGAUCGUGGCCACUAAACCACUGCUUGUGACGGAGAAGGAGAUGAAGCUGUUCCGUCGGCUCCAAUCACCGACCGGACAGAUGGUGAACAACUAUCGGCCCGUCCAGAAGCUGAACCAUCGUCGGGUGUUCUUGUACUGAAGCGUAACUGACUGAGCUGAAGUUGAACAGCGUUGUUUUCUGUAGCGAAAUACCAAAGGAUCGUAGUUGUUAGUGUUUAGGAAGCGUUUUACUUCUUAUUGUUAACAGCAGCACGUGCUGCGUGUCCAGUGAACUAAGUAUUAUUACAUUAGUAAAAAUACAUUUAUCUUUUAUCCAGUGCA